AGUAAUCCUUCCCAAAGACAGUCACAUUUCCUUACUGCUUGUGCGACAUCAACAUGAGCAAGUGAGACAUCAGGGUCGACAUCUCACUGAGGGCGCAGUAAGGGCAGCUGGACUGUGGAUUUUGGGUGGUAAGCGACUGAUCAAUUCAGUCCUCCACAAAUGCGUAAUGUGCCGGAGGCUGCGUGGGAGACUGGAAGAACAACGCAUGGCUGACUUACCGCCGGAACGUCUCAAAGUUUGCCCUCCAUUCACAUAUGUUGGGCUAGACGUCUUUGGACCUUGGUCUGUUGUAACCAGACGCACCAGAGGAGGACAGGCAGAGAGCAAACGGUGGGCCAUGAUGUUUAGUUGUUUGAGUUCAAGGGCUGUCCACAUUGAGUUGAUUGAGUCUAUGGACACAUCCAGCUGUAUAAACGCUCUUAAACGUUUCUUUGCUCUCAGGGGCCCUGCAAUGCAACUCUAUUCUGAUUGCGGGACCAACUUCAUUGGAGCUAGCAAGGAGCUGGAGAUGGACAAUACUGUACAGAGGUACCUUGGCAAGCAAGGAUGUACCUGGAACUUCGGACCUCCACAUGCUUCCCACAUGGGAGGUUCAUGGGAACGGAUGAUAGGUGUUGCUAGGAGGAUCCUUGAUUCAAUGCUUUUGCAGCAGAAGAGUCACCUAACUCACGAAGUACUGUCAACGCUAAUGGCAGAAAUCACAGCCAUCAUCAAUGCACGUCCACUCCUACCUGUGUCUACGGACCCACACCAACCUUUUAUUCUUUCACCGGCUAUGCUCCUCACACAAAAAUCAGGAGUUCCAUCUCCUCCUGGAGAUUUCAUUGACAAGGACCUCUUCACGAAACAAUGGAGGCAAGUUCAAGCGCUCGCUAACCGGUUUUGGGCCCGUUGGAGCCGAGAAUACUUACCAUCUCUACAGCAAAGACAAAAAUGGACAGUGCCACGCAGAAACCUUCAAGUUGGGGAUUUGGUUCUCCUCAGAGACAAACAGACUGUCCGCAACUGCUGGCCCUUGGCUGUGGUUAGGGCAACCUUUCCUGGGAAGGAUGGACAUGUGAGGAAGGUUGAGCUCAAAACAGCCGACCAAGGUGAUGCUAGAACUUUCUUGAGGCCAGUUGCGGAAGUGGUUCUACUUCUGCCUAAGGACUAAUUUAAGGACAGUCAUUUGUACCCAUUCACAUUCACAGUGACCUCACAUAGGCCAGGCGGGGAGUGUGACGCCUCAAAAGGCAUUUAUGUCAUUUAUAUUGUAUGUUUCAUUUAAAGUUAUCCAUUUAUAUGCUUUUAAGUUACAAAGAACAGUGAAGAGGUUAAAAAUGUUAAAUGGGAAGAUUUUAUUUUGAAGGUGAACUUAUUAAUGACCUCACUUCCUGCUGGGUUACAUGCAUUGGUUGAUUUCCUGUUUACUUCCUCUUCUUGGCUGCUCUGAGAGUG